GGUAGUUUUGACGCAAUGGCAGUGGUUUACCUCGGCAAGCGUAAGCCUUAACAUAUUCCCACAAUUGUCAGUAAUGACUCCGAAAGGACGCUUUUGUGAAUAUCAAUUGCAGAAUCGCGACGUACAGUGACAACUUAACGCAGCCUGCGAUACUAAAAACGGGGCGAAGCGACAACAAGCGGCACCUCUUCGGCAGUUGAGUGGGGCUCCGAAGCUAGGCUAGCCACCUGUGUGGCGUGUCGGUGGUUACACAUGCUAACGGCGGCGUCCGGUAACCUUCUCCUCCAAACAUGACGCGUCUAUCAGCAGCUGACGACCAGCAUGUCCACUGCCUUGAAAUGAGCCCGACGAGUUAACCCGCUUGGAGUAACGCGAGAAACGAGAGAGAGGAGGCUUGCUCCACACGAAACACCAGCGACGGGUAGCCUUGACAACAGCUUCCUCCUGUCGCUAACUGAAGUUCCUCCUCCGCCUGCGGAAGAGGUAGUUUAGCGGCCAGCUGCAUGAAACCCACCCAGGCGCUGAGUGCAUGUCUACUACGGAGUGAACCUCAAGGAAAUCCCGCUGUACAUGUUUCGCCAAGAAGUCAGUGUGACGUCUUUUAUCCCAUCGUGUUCGUAUCUAUUCCAACCCGAGAAAAGAGGGACAUGUUCCGGUACAACAUACACAGCCUGCUGGACUGGAUUUACGGCGGGGUGGACCCGAAGUUUGAGGGCAACGGGGGGCCCAAGUGCGCAGCCUUCCUCCCCUUCCAGCAGCGCGUCGUGGAGAGCCUGGUCAUCCUGUUCAUCUCGCUGCUGGAGGUCGGCGUGGCGCUGAAGAAGAUCAACUUCGCGAAGGAGUUCAAGGCUGUCGGGGGGGACUGCGUGAAGACGAAGAAGGACAGUCUGGGCAAGAACCUGUUGCUGGUCUCCCUUUGCAUGACUUUUGGGAUAGAAGUCGGGUUCAAGUUUGCGACUAAGACUGUGAUUUAUCUUCUGAAUCCCUGCCAUAUAGUCACCAUGGUUCAGAUCUUCUUGCUGGCCUGCCCGCCGUGUAAAACAGCGAUGAUUGUAUAUAGACUGCAUAUUCACAUGCUGAAUGGAGCGCUGCUGGGUUUAGCGUUCCCUAUAGUCAACACCAGGCUGCUGCCAUUUGAGAUGGAGAUCUACUACAUCCAACAUUCCAUGAUGUACUGGGUGCCUGUGUAUCUCAUGAGGAAAGGAGGUGUGUACCAGCCCGAGCCCCUGGGGAACAUGUGGUGGGCGCUGCUCUCCACCGGCAUCCUGUUUCUCUACCACAUCGUCUUCCUGCAGCCCCUUGGCCUGGCGACAGAGGUCAACCUGAACAACAUGCUGUGUCCGGCCGUGUCCGAUCCCUUCUACGGGCCGUGGUACCGGGUGUGGGCGACGUGCCACCAGACGGCGCUGACGCUGCUCCACGGGAAGCUCCUGACGUUCCUCUCUCAGCACAGCGACUCCGCCUGGAGGUACCUGCUGGACAAGCUUCCACUGCGCAGCAAGAAGGUCGACUAGGCGUCCGCGCCCCCGCGGCCCGGCAGGGCCUCGUUUUUUUUUUUCUGCUUUUUUUUAAAAUCUGGAAUCUUUUAGCUCUGUUGAGACGAGGGGAGCUUUUCAGGGGCCAAUAAACCCACACGUCAUCCUUGGUGGCUCAAAUACGUACUCGCAUGUACAAUUUCCAUGCUUGUUGCGAAGCAGCUGGACAUGCGGUCACUGACAUGCCAGCCCGGUGGCAGGGCGGUCCAGCAACGGCUGCCGGUUUUUUGGUUUUUCGUUGGUUUUUGUGUCAGAACGAUGUUAAAAGUUGACGGUAGAUUUAUUACGACGAGGUAUGCCAUUUGAAGGUAUUAUUGACAACACCUAAACACAUCACUGUAGUCUUAAAAAAUACAAACACAAAAAAUAUAAUUAAUUCAGAUUACUAUCGGUUUUUUGCACUGAUUUCUAACUAAGUGAUCAGACAUCAUCGGCCUGUUACGUAAUGCUGGUCACAGCCCCCAUUUUAACACGGAUCAUAGUUCUAUCAUUUUAACAUUUGUUUUUACUGAGAAUAAAAAUGCUGUGAAAUUUCAUGUAAUUGUUUCAGUAGAGAUCAAAGCUCUGAAUUCAUCGCCAUUUCAAUUUAAGAUUUGAAAAAGCUGGCAAGAUUACUUUGAUUGUUGCGUUACCAUACCUACAACAUGAGGCUACGAGUUUAAUCUUUGCGUUUGAGCUUGGUUGGUUCACAAAUAAUAACUAAUUACCAGUUUAUCAGUUUAUGGUCAGCUAAGUAACUCAGCUAAGUGAGUCUUGUAUUAAGUAGCGAUGGGUCCGGCAACACCGAUUCGCUAAGGGCGCAUGCGUCAAGCCCUUAGCGAAUCUGUGAACGGGAUGCAUUUGCCAAAAAGAAAUCUUGAUCUUUUAUGGCACAAUGUCAACUGUGGAGCAGCCUCAAGGCAAACGAAGGGUUUCUUAGUUUGGGACCAUUUUGAUUUCACAUCAGAAAAUAAGGUGUCGGUUCUAACUUGUUUCAUCUGGUUCUUUUCAGUUUCUACUUUAUCUGAAUCCAAAUUCAGCUGAAAUUGACUCUUGGUUCACUUUCAUAUUAUGUUCUGCAGGUAGAGUGUUGCAUAUGUUUGACAGAACUGUCCGAUUGAAAUGAAUCCACCUCUUCAAUGCUGAGGCAUCGCAGGGCAUCAGAACUUAGGCUAAACUCAUCCUUUCUACAAAUUACUCAGUCGCUUUUUAUAAAUUAUUUCACAUAAGUGUAUUGUUCAUUUUUUUCUACAGCGGGAGAAGUUGUGUCAAAAAAGCGUAACAGACCAGAUUUCAAAAUGUUGGAAAAACUUUUUUUUUUUAUAUAUAUGAAAAUUUUUUGGGAAAAAAAACCCCAGUCCACAAGCAUCCUCAUUCGAAACACAUCCACUUAAAUUUUCAAUUAAUGUUACAUGUUCACAUUAUUUAUUGACUGUAUCUAAGAAUAUCAGAUAUAUUUUGAAUUUAACUGAACAUAUGACAUAACACAACAUAUAGUAUACAGUAAAGUACAAUGACUUAAAUCUUAUUGUAUAGUCAGUCUAACGACGUUGCCUGUAGGGAUUUUCAGUGUCCAGCAGGUGUCAGUAUUCAGUGACACAGUAUCGACACAGUAACCAAUACAGUUUUGCUGUGGGUCCAAAACUGAACCCGGACGGAGCUGCUUCCAGUUUGAGUGAAAGGUGGAUGACCAGAGCGGCGACGCCAACGCGCCCAGCUUAAUGCAUCAACUAUAGACCCGUCUGCUGUUACUGGUGUAUCAAAAGCUAAUCUGAAAUAAACAAACUAGGUUCACUUUCAUAUUAUGUUCUGCCAAGUAAAGCCAAGCCGCUGCCGUGCUUGUAAUGGCGGAAGCUGGGGGGAACCUUGUGAUACAGUUUUUAUCCUGCUGCCUUUUUUUUUUUCUUUUUUGUAAAUGUAAAGUUGACCACCUGCAUGCGACCACCUGGACCACCACCAUGCAGGUGCUCAGCGGGUGGGAGGCGCCUCUUUCAGCUCUGAAUGAGUUUAGUUCUGCUAACUCUCAUUUUACCGUCGUUUUUAUUUGUCUCCAGUGCGCUUCCAAGCAGACUUUAAACGUGAGCUGUUGUUAAAGUCCCUGCUUGUUUAAAAGCACGUGGACUUGAAUGUUAUCUUUUGGGGGGUGAGGCGUUUAUGAAUGAGGAAAAAAAUAAAUAAAAAUGUAUGCUCAGUAUAGAAAAUAAUGUUUUUGUAAGUGGUUUUUAUCUUUCGGUCUCCAGCCUGUUCAAUGCAUUCCAGUUAGGAUAAUCAGGAGGAGUGAAGAACUUGUUACAUGCUGCAGGUUGAAGUGAAGAAUGAGUGAAUAGGUGGGACUUGGGUUGCUGUUUCGUUUCUCUCUCUGUUGUUUUUAUCGUGUUGUUUGACUAUAUUCGUCAAGGUUUAACCUUGAGAACAUUGUUGGGAAAAGAAAAAUAAUUGCCAAUGGCAGGCAGACGCUGCGUCUUUAUCUGCAACUGAAGGUCUUUGCAAAAGCAUUCAUACCCCUUGAACCUUUUCCUCGUGUUGUCGCGCCACCGCCUCCACAUUUCAAUUACUUUUAUCAGGCUGUCAUUAUCGAAGAUGGCCAUUUCUGGUUUUACAUGCGUUUGUGUGAAGGUUUUUUUUUUUUUAUUUCAGCGCUCAAGACAACAGAUUCUAGUUCUUAUGGUUUUAUGCUAAUCCAUUGCCCCAAAAGUGGAAAGAGUGCAGCACAGCUACACCCAAACAGCCCAAAGUGGACAUUAUUCAGCAAAGCAGUCUGUUGCCUGUAGCAGUCUGUAUUACAACGGCUCAGAAGAAGCCUCUGUCUGAAAACCUUUUUUUUUUUAACCGUCUCGGGAAGAAGAUGCUCAGGGUUUUAAAUAAGUUUUGUAAAGAAUCCUUCUUUGCUCGAUAAUCUCUGGACAUUCCAGAUAAUGGCUUGGUUAUUAUAACCAAGCUAUUACAACAAUGUAUCAUUUUUUUUUCCCCUUCUGCUUCACAAAUAGUUGUGAAUUUAAUCACAUGAGGCGUAUCACGGUUCGUGAACAAGUGCAAUGGGGGUGUGAAUACUUUUACUCGGCUCUCUAUAUAUCAAGACACUUGAAAGUAACUCUUGCGCCUAGUGUAACAAAUCAUGCAUACAAAUGUGUACCUCGGAGAUUCAUGUGGAUAAAUCAACACCUAUUGUAGGAAAAUGUCACUCGUGUGUGUGUGUGUGUAUAUUUCAUUUCAAGUCUGAGGCGGUUUGUGUAACUGUAGCAUUGUCUUUAUUUCAGUACCGAAAAGGGAGAAGAGAAACUUUUGUACCCGAGUUCAGAUGUACGUUGUGGCAACAAUUAAAGGGAUUUCCAGUG